CCCCUCGCGCCUCUCUCCCUGGGAGGGCGAGGUCGUCCGUGGUACCCUAGCGCGAGGGCCACGUAAAUCAAGGUCAAGCGAUCGACGUCAACAGCUUCGCGAGCAAGUGGGGAGCCCUUCAUUGGAGUCUUCUCUGCUGGCUCGUGACUCCAAGCCACAAAUUGAGCGCGACAGCCAUCACCCUCAGCAGCUCCUCGCUGCCAGACUUUAGCCCUCCCUCCAGGGCCAGACCAUCAAGAGCAUCAGCCUAUUUAUCUAUGUCAACCAGCUGCGCAUCAUUGCGCCACUACUAUCAGUCCUAUCAGUCCUAUCAGUCCUACUGCGCUACCAUCAGCGCCACUACUUUGAGUCCUACCACAUCAGACACCAGCUCCUCAUCUGAGUUGAGCAAGACACAACAAGCCAGACACAAGCUCCUCUUCGGAGUUGAGCAAGACACAUUAAGCCAGACACAAGCUCCUCUUCGGAGUCGAGCAAGACCAAGACCAAUGACAUCCAUCAGAGCUAUUCACCAGCUCCAGACUUUUGACCUACGACUUUCAAUACACCAUGAAGAUACAGUAGCCAACCCUUCCUCCCUGGCUUUCCCCGACUGGACACCAUGCAUCGCUCCUGUCAACAACGCCGCUGACCCUCCUCACGGCCAUCACACCAACACGCACACCUUGCGCCGCUUUUGCAUCCCGAUUCAUCGGCCACGACCACGCUCAGCCUUGAUGCCUUCAGCCACCACCUCGCUCUCAGGAGCAAACUCGCUGCCUUUUCGCUCUCGAGCCCCGGUACGGUUCUCUCCUCUCUUGCCGAGGGAAACGUCCCAAGGAAAGGCGAGGGGGAAGCCCUCCGGCUGCCCGUGGCGAAGAGGUAGGGGGAGGUGUGGUUCGCAUCGAGGGAGGACUUGGAUGGGAGGGCUUGAUGAGGCUGAGGGAAGAGGAGAGCGAGAGGUACGGGCGAGCAAGAAUGGAGGUUUUGAUCCGCACCCUGCUUGAUUGCUCACUACCUGUACUGUGCGUGCGAGACGUCACGGCGUAAUGCGAUGCCCGGAAGGGCCCAGGUCGAGAUAAAGAUGCAUGAGCCUGAGCACGACUGAGCGUUGGCCGACAAGCGCGAGGGAGUGAGCUGUGAGCUCGAU